AGCCAGAAGCAGCCAGUUGCUAUAGUGGCCGUACCUGAACCGACACACAAAAAACCCCUCCUUGCAAAUAAGGAAAAACUGUGAAUAAGAACUCAGGAACUGAUUGGCAUGUAAUUAGGAGGGAGUCCAACCAAGAGUAAGGUGAGGUGUGCUACCCUUUCAAUAAUUGUGGGUAGAUUUGCCAAUAAGGAAGUAGGAAUUGCAAAUAAGGACCUUGGAACCACCUGGCCACUCACCCAAGCACUAGAGAGCAAGUUUCUCUCAAGAGCAAGGUAUCUGCAAUGAAUACUGAUCACAGGAAAACAAGAAUUUGUUCAAGGUGUCCUGCUCCUCUGGUCUUUGGCCUAUGCUUAUCAUCAUCGUUCUUCUUGGGAUUGUUUUGGCAGACCUACAAAGGACACUUGCUGAACAGGGGGAUCUCAGUAUUAUGUGAAACACAGAGUUUCUCUUUCCACAGAAACCAGACCGAUCCCUUGGAUGGUUUAGCAGAAAUGGAGUUACCGAGAAUGGUUUACCCAAAGGCACAGAUCUUUAAGCCACCGAGAACUGAUGUCCUUACUAUAACUCCCUGGUUUGCCCCAAUCGUUUGGGAAGGGACUUACAACUUGGAUAUCUUGAAUGAGCAGUUUAGACGAAAGAACACGACAGUCGGAUUGACAGUGUUUGCUAUCAAAAAGUAUGUCAUCUUCCUCCAGAAGUUUCUAGAAACGGCAGAGACUUAUUUCAUGGCUGGGCAUAGAGUGAAGUAUUAUAUCUUCACUGAUAGGCCUGAAGCUGUUCCUAACAUCACUGUCAAAGCUGGAAGGGAGAUAAUCCCUCUGAAAGUCCAAAAUUACCCCAGGUGGCAGGAAAUCUCCAUGCGCCGGAUGGAGAUGAUCAAUCACUACUCUCAACACCGCUUUAUCCAUGAAGUUGACUUUCUGGUGUGUGUUGAUGUAGACAUGCGGUUUAGUGACCAUGUUGGAGUAGAGAUUUUGAGUGAGUUAUUUGGCACGAUUCACCCAGGUUUCUAUGCCUCUGAGCGCAAAGUAUUCACUUAUGAACGUCGUCCCAUCUCUGCAGCUUUCAUUCCUCAAGACGAGGGGGAUUUUUACUAUGCUGGAGGCUUCUUUGGAGGAACUGUGGCUGAAGUUUACAAGCUCACCAAGAAGUGCCACGAAGCCAUCAUGGCUGACAAAAACAAAAGCGUGGAGGCCAUCUGGCAGGAAGAGAGCCACCUAAACAAGUAUUUUGUGUACCAUAAACCAACAAAAAUCCUUUCCUCUGAAUACUUGUGGGACAAUAAUUUUGGUAGCCCACAGUUCCUCAAGAAAAAGAGAUUUGUUUCUGUGCCAAAGAACCAUGCUGCAAUCAGAAAUAAAAGAAAUUCACACUAGAAAUGUUAGCCAGAUUUUUUUUUUAGUGUAGAAUGAAUAAUAUUUAAAAUAAAAUAUUUAUUUCAAAUGA